AUGUCCCUCUCCACCCCCUCCCCAACUCAAACCCACCUCCUCUCCCUCCCGCCCUCCCUCCAGCCCCUCUCCCCACCACACGCAGCCCUCCACCUCGCCCGCUUGCGUCUCUUGCUCUCCAUCCCCGCCGGUUCUUCCUUUGAUCCGGGGGAAUUACAGUUGCCGGUGGAAGUCAAGAAUAUGGGUGUGGGGCGGGGUGUUGUGGGGGGAUGGUGUCAUAUGUGCGGGGGAUUGAGGAAGGGGCAGGGCGGGGCGGCUAAGAAGGAGAAGCCGCAAGGAAAAGAGAAGGGUGAGGGGAAGAGUAAAGCGCAAGAGAUAAGAGAGAGAGUUCGAAAGCGGGCAAGGUCUGCUUCGCCUCCCUUGACGGAGGAAGAACAAGAAGCCCAGCGAUACGCCCGGUCCCUACAAAUAGCCUCUGCCUCGACAUCUAUCAAAGCCCGGCGGCAGCCUGCGGAAUGUACCACCUGCGGCGCGCCUUAUGUCCGGCCAAAGCCGUGUCAGAAGACGGUGGAAGAGUUUGGGAGUGCGAGGAGGACUAGGAGAAAAGUAAAGGAGAGGGAGAGGGAGAAGGAGGAGGAGGGGAAGAGGGAGGAGAAAGGGGAGGAGAUGGAUGUAGAUGUGGUGGAAGGGCCGCCACCACCGCUUCUCACUCAGAGACCUUUUUUUCACAUCCCUACUUCCUCGCCAAACCUUCCCACGUAUCCACCUCCACUACCAUUCAAACCUCCUGCCCCGCCACCCUCCCACUCAUCGUCUGCCUCUCCACCGCCCAUGACAGGGGCAGCGGAUAAGAAGAAGAAGAAACCAAAGAAGAGCGGGUUGUCAAAGUUGCUGGCGGAGAACAAGGAGAGGAAUGAGGCGCAAAAGGGGGCGAGCAUGUGGGGGUUCUAG